CCAAUGGGCGCGGCUUUCCCGUACUAUAAAACAGACGCUCCAUCAUACUCUAGUGCUGGAGAGCACAGUGACGCCGAGGAGUUUCAUUCACAACCGGAAAAAUAGGGAUCUUUGUCUCAGCCCAGUCUUCCUCUAGCAGUAGUCCACAACCCACGGGAGCAGCAGCCAUGCCUUUCGGAAACAGCCACAACCAGCUGAAGAUGAAGAACUCCAAUGAAUAUCCUGACCUCAGCAAGCACAACAACCAUAUGGCUAAGGUGCUCACCCCGGCCAUAUAUGAGAAGUUGCGCUCCAAACAGACGUCCAGCGGAUUUACACUGGAUGAUGUAAUCCAAACCGGGGUAGAUAACCCAGGCCACCCCUUCAUUAUGACUGUGGGUUGUGUGGCUGGGGACGAGGAGACCUAUGAGGUGUUUAAGGAGCUGCUGGACCCUAUCAUUGAGGACAGACAUGGAGGGUACAAGCCAUCAGACAAACACAAGACUGACCUCAACCCAAAUAACCUCAAGGGUGGUGAUGACCUAGACUCCAAUUACGUGCUGAGCUCUCGUGUCAGAACUGGCAGAAGCAUCUGUGGUUUCUGCCUGCCACCCCACUGCAGUCGUGGCGAGAGGAGAGCUAUUGAGAAGCUUUCUGUGGAAGCUCUUGGUGCCCUGACUGGGGAUCUCAAAGGUAAAUACUACGCCCUGAAGAACAUGACAGAGGCUGAGCAGCAGCAGCUUAUUGAUGACCACUUCCUGUUUGACAAGCCUGUAUCUCCCCUGCUGCUGGCCUCAGGGAUGGCUCGUGAUUGGCCUGAUGCCAGAGGGAUCUGGCACAAUGAUAACAAGACUUUUCUUGUGUGGGUGAAUGAAGAGGACCACCUACGCGUCAUCUCCAUGCAGAAAGGUGGCAACAUGAAGGAGGUCUUCAAUCGGUUCUGCACAGGCCUCACCACGAUUGAAGAGUUGUUCAAAAACAAGGGACAUGCGUUCAUGUGGAACGAGCACCUUGGCUACAUCCUCACCUGCCCAUCCAACCUGGGCACAGGCUUGCGUGCCGGAGUGCAUGUCAAACUGCCUAAUCUCAGCAAGAAUAGCAAGUUUGAAGAGGUCCUUAAGAAACUGAGGCUGCAGAAACGUGGAACAGGUGGUGUAGACACUGCUGCUGUAGGUGGAGUUUUUGACAUUUCCAAUGCUGACCGGCUGGGCUUCUCUGAGGUGGAGCUGGUGCAGGCAGUAGUGGAUGGAGUCAAACUGUUGAUCGAGAUGGAGAAACAGCUGGAGAAAGGCCAGUCCAUUGAUGACCUCAUGCCCGCCCAGAAGUAAAUUGCACUUCAACCUCCCUUCCCUAAAUCAUUCCCGCACCCCCUCAUUUCUUAUUUAACUUUGACUCGGUUUUGGAAUACAUGCUGUAUUUAAGAGUUCUUCGUUCUCUGGCAAGUUCUUGUUACACAGAUAUACUGUAUAUGUCUCAGGGCAACAGUUGGAUGAGCAUAUCUCUGAAUAAAAAUUGGCCCAUGUUCACAUUA